AUGUCGUCGACACAAGUACAAGCCAGCGUCUUGCACGGCGCAAAAGACCUCCGCAUUGAAUCCCGCGACCUCCCUGCCCCCUCAGCAAAUGAAAUCCAAGUCGCAGUCCACAGCACCGGCCUCUGCGGCAGCGACCUGCACUACUACAACCACAACCGCAACGGCGACAUCCUCGUUCGCGAACCCCUAACCCUCGGUCAUGAAUCCUCAGGCAUCGUAACCGCCGUCGGAUCCUCAGUCUCAAACUUCUCUGUCGGCGACAGAGUGGCUCUGGAAGUAGGCGUCCCUUGCGACCACUGCCAUCGCUGUGAAGAAGGCCGCUACAACAUCUGCAAAGACAUGAAGUUCAGAAGCUCUGCAAAGAGUUUUCCGCAUUUUCAGGGCACUUUGCAGGAGAGGAUUAAUCAUCCUGCCAAGUGGUGUCAUAAGUUGCCUGAAGCCAUGAGUAUGGAGUUGGGCGCUUUGCUCGAGCCUUUGGGUGUUGCUAUCCAUGCUUAUCGCCGCAGUUUGAUGCAACUCGGUCAGACUGCUUUGGUCUUUGGAGCUGGUGCUGUGGGAUUGCUUGCUGCUGCUGUAGCCAAGGCAAAGGGAGCAAAGAAAAUUGUUAUUGCUGAUAUUGAUGCUGGAAGGGUGGACUUUGCAGUCAAGAAUGGAUUCGCGCAUCAUGGCUUUGUGGUGCCGAUGAAGAGAGGAAAAGACACAGAAGAGAAUCUUGCCAUUGCAAGAGAGACUGCAGAUGGUGUGGCUGCUGUUGCUGAUGAGUCUGGCUCUGCAAUCGGCGAGGUCGAUGUUGUGUUUGAGUGCACAGGCGUACCUACCUGCGUGCAAUCAGCCAUUUAUUCCACCAAGCCCGGCGGUCGUGUAAUGCUCAUCGGCAUGGGCGUCCCCAUCCAAACCCUGGCUAUCUCCUCCGCCGCCCUCCGCGAAGUCGACCUCGUAGGAGUCUUCCGCUACGCAAACACAUACCCCGAAGGCAUUUCUCUCGUCUCCUCUCCCUCAUGUCCUGACCUUUCUAAACUUGUAACACACAAGUUCAAGGGUUUGGACAAUGCAGAGCAAGCCUUUGGCAUGGCUGGAAGGACCAAAGACGACAAGGGCGAUUUGGUGCUCAAGGUUGUGAUUCAGAAUUGA